GUGCUGUGUUUGUGUUUACAUUUGGAUUAUCAGUUAAAAAUUUUUGUGUUUUUACCCGUCUUUUUCCGUUUAUUUGAUUAAAUUUGUGUUUCAAAUGUUGCAUUUACUUUCAAUCUUACAAAGGGUCUCAUUUUGGAAAAUGGGAUUUGUGCGGACACUUAUAUAACAGUGCCUUUUCCACCGCUGUUUUGCUCAAGUUCUGCUGCAGUAUCUACUCGUCCUCACUUCAUUAAAUUUUUUUAUCAAUUUUAGUCCCUAUUAAAAAUUCUUUGAUGGCCGACUUCGAUGUAUUUGACGUUUUUGACGAGGCAACUGAUGAUUCCAAGGAGGUCAAAGACGAAGUCGCGGAAACGCCAACUAGUGCGACAAAUUCCAAUGAUCAAAAACCUGCCAAGAGGCAACUUGAUGAAAAUGAAGUUCUCGCGGAGGACUCAAAGAAAUUCAAGUCAGAAACAGAUGAAAUUUUGAGUGGUAUAAAUUUGGAAGAAGUUGCACCGAGGAUAGAAGUUUACACCGUAGAGACACUAGAAGCAUGUACUCACGAAGUAGCAUUCCCUCCUGGCAUCCCUUACACUUCACUAGUCCUUCCAAAUGGGCCACCUGCCAAGGAAUAUCCAUUCAUUUUAGAUCCAUUUCAAAAGGAAGCAAUUUUGUGUAUUGAUAAUAACCAGUCAGUGUUGGUAUCAGCUCACACCUCUGCUGGUAAAACAGUUGUUGCUGAAUAUGCAAUCGCUGCUUCGCUCAGAGACAAACAGAGAGUUAUCUAUACCACUCCGAUCAAAGCUUUGAGUAAUCAAAAAUAUCGAGAAUUUUUUGAAGAGUUCAAAGAUGUUGGUCUCAUAACUGGAGAUGUCACAAUUAAUCCAAGUGCUAGCUGUUUGAUCAUGACCACAGAGAUUUUACGUAACAUGUUGUAUCGAGGAUCAGAAGUGAUGCGUGAAGUUGGUUGGGUCAUUUUUGAUGAAAUUCACUACAUGAGGGAUAAAGAAAGAGGAGUUGUGUGGGAAGAAACGAUUAUUUUACUACCAGACAAUGUGCACAAUGUAUUUCUAUCUGCAACAAUCCCCAAUGCUCGUCAGUUCGUUGAGUGGAUCGCUCAUCUUCACAAGCAGCCAUGCCAUGUCGUUUACACUGAUUACAGACCAACGCCUCUUCAACACUAUCUUUUCCCUAAUGGAGGUGAUGGAAUUCACCUUGUUGUCGAUGAAAGUGGAAAGUUCAGGGAAGACAACUUCAACUCUGCGAUGACAGUCUUAGCGAACGCAGGAGAUAAUGCAAAAGGAGGUGAUCAUAGAGCUGGUCGCAAAGGUGGACCCAGAAAUGGACAAGAAACAAAUUGCUAUAAAAUCGUCAAAAUGAUAAUGGAACGAAGUUUUGCCCCUGUAAUUGUAUUCUCCUUCAGCAAGAAAGACUGUGAAGUCUAUGCCAUGCAAAUGGCCAAACUAGACUUCAAUACCUCUGAUGAAAAGAAGCUUGUUGAUGAAGUUUUUAACAAUGCAAUGGAUGUUUUAAAUGACCAAGAUCGGAAAUUACCUCAAGUCGAGAAUGUGUUACCAUUAUUAAGAAGAGGAAUUGGUAUUCAUCAUGGAGGUUUAUUGCCGAUUUUGAAAGAAACUAUAGAAAUUUUGUUCUCUGAGGGGCUUAUCAAAGCUUUGUUUGCGACUGAAACUUUUGCAAUGGGAUUGAACAUGCCUGCUCGUACUGUUCUUUUUACCGCCUCCCAAAAGUUUGAUGGCAAAGAAAUGCGUUCUAUAACAUCUGGAGAGUACAUUCAAAUGUCUGGUCGUGCUGGAAGACGAGGUCUUGAUGACAAAGGUAUAGUCAUUCUGAUGGUAGACGAAAAAGUCAGUCCAGAAAAUGGGAAAGCUCUUCUACAAGGUUCAGCAGAUCCUAUCAACUCUGCUUUUCAUCUCACCUAUAAUAUGGUUUUAAAUCUUCUUCGUGUUGAGGAAAUUAAUCCUGAAUAUAUGCUAGAAAGGAGUUUCUUCCAGUUCCAGAACAAUUCCAGUAUUCCAGUUCUAUAUGAAAAAGUUCAAAAGAAGCAAAAAGAAGUGGAUGCAAUAGUUAUUGCCAAUGAAACUCAGAUUGCUUCCUACUACAAUAUUCGAGAACAAUUAGAUCACUUGUCAAAAGUUUUGCAAACCUAUGUGGUGAACCCUGUCUAUCUAACACCUUUCCUACAACCCGGCCGACUUGUCAAGAUUAAAACAGAAACUGAAGAAUAUGAGUGGGGUAUCAUAAUCAACUUCCGCAAAGAAGACUCUGGGCAAAAUCCUGCUCUAUCGUCAAUGACUCUCAUCGUUGAUGUUCUACUGCACGUUGCAGUUGACAAAGAGGGGAAGACGGAAAGGCGCCCAUGUCCUCCCGGUGAGCAAGGUGAAAUGGAAGUUGUGCCUGUACUUCAUAAAGUCAUCUCUCAAAUUAGCUCUCUUCGAAUACACUAUCCAAAAGAUCUGAGGCCCCCAGACAAUAGAAAGUCAGUUCUCAAAUCAAUUCGGGAAGUGAAAAAAAGAUUCAAUGGUGAUAUUCCCCUGUUAAAUCCUGUAACAGAUAUGCACAUCAAAGAAGAAUCAUUUUUAGAUUUGGUAAAAAGAAUUCAGAGUUAUGAACAAAGACUCUUCGACCAUCCUUUGCACGAUAAGCCACAGCUUGAAACCAUGUAUAACGCCUAUAGAUUGAAAACUGAGACUCUGAGUGAAUUGAAAAUGCUGCGACAAGAAUUAAAAAGGACAAUGUCACUUGUGCAAAUGGAAGAAUUGAAGUGCCGUAAAAGAGUGUUGAGGAGAUUGAAAUUUUGUAAUGCCUCCGAUAUUAUUGAAACGAAAGGUAGAAUAGCUUGUGAGUUGAGCAGUGGUGAAGAAUUACUCAUGACUGAAAUGAUGUUCAAUGGAAUGUUUAAUGACCUUGAUGUUCCUCAAUGUGUUGCUAUUUUAAGCUGUUUUGUCUGUGAUGAGAAAAGUAAUGAAGUACCCAAGAGAUCAGCUGAACUUUCAGGUCUUCUCAGACAAAUGCAGGAAAUGGCAAGGAGAAUAGCAAAAGUAACGGUAGAAUGCAAAAUUCCAGUGGAUGUGGAAAAGUAUGUUGAACAAUUCAAGCCUUUUCUAAUGGAUGUGUGUUAUGCCUGGUGUAAAGGAGCAUCCUUCAUUGACGUACUACAAAUGACGGACAUAUUCGAAGGGAGUAUCAUCAGAGCCAUGAGAAGAUUAGAAGAAAUUCUUCGACAAUUAGUUCAAGCAGCCAAAGGAAUUGGAAAUACAGAUCUAGAAAAUAAGUUCAGUGAGGGCAUUCGAUUGAUUAAGAGAGAUAUUGUUUUUGCUGCUAGUCUAUAUCUGUGAAUCUUACUGUAUAAUUUGUAACAAUGAAGAUUAAAUAAUAGGUUUAUUUUUUUUACGGACGUAAAAA